AUGUAUGCAUUAGUAUUAGCAGGAUGUCUUCAUGCAGUUUACAUCAACGGCAGGCAGAUCAACUUUGCCCGCUUAAAAGGAGCUCCGGUGACCGGCUCUUCUCGAGCUGAAAAAACUAGCAACCUAACAAGUGGCAGUCGUUAUGGUACUGCUAUCGGUGUCUUGCCAGGCUGCCGUCAGAGCAACGCCUUGGAAUCAUUGUUUUCGACUGGGAACAUAGAUUUGGCUGGUUCGGACUCCGGCCAAAUGCGUUUACGGAAGCGUCCAACCCGGCGCCAAACUCCGCGACAAAUGACUGUUGGAUACAGCCCGACAGGAAUGGAUGAGGAGACUGAGGUCUCUGGGCCAUGGGAGGAGGAAGCACAGUCUAUGGUUGAUGAUAGACACGCCAGGAUGGGUCUCAGACAAGUCCGAUGGAAAACACAAGGACGAGAUGGUGGGGAAGAGCUGAGACAAGAAGGCAAACGAGUGGGGCAUUGGUCAGAAGGUGGAGAGAGCGAGAGUACGUUGGUGCCAACAUCCUCAAGUCUACAGCUGAGUUGGAAAUCCAGACGACGCCACGGUACUCCUGCGUCCUCGGAUGGACUGGGACCGCAGCAGAGAGACUCGGAUCUGCUAAUCAACACCAACUGCAUGCACAACUCAUCCGGCUGUCUGAACGCUGGCAUGUGUCGGCGCUCCGCAAACGGUAUAGAACACUGUCAGUGCAUUGGUGGCUAUGCUGGGGUCAGAUGCGAGCAGCGUAAGUACUGA